ACAACGACCCGGAAGUGUACGUCCUGUUGCUUUGGUCUAUGUUGUAACUGUAUUAGCCUCAGUUGUAAUCUGUGUAUUUGCAGUAGAAAUACAGAAAAAAGUCAUGUCUUUCAAACGGGAAGGGGAUGACCGGUCCCAGCUGAAUAUUCUAAAGAAAAGGCGAGUUGCAGACCUUUUGUCCAAUUAUAUCACUGAGGAUGAAGCAGCUCUCAUGAAAAAUGGAAGAUACUCUUGCCUUGUGUGCUCCUAUCGGCCUGUGUUUGACACUAUUGAUAUGUUAACAGUCCACAGGAAAGGGAAAAGGCAUCUAGAGGCAUUACAAAAAUUCUAUGGAAAGAAAACACAACUUAGAAAUGAGAUUGUAAAGAGACAACAUGAAAACUACGUCCAAUCAGAACAAAAUCUACAGGAACCUUCCAGCUCUGCACCUCUACUGGCACAGACCCGCAAACUCACCCAUCAUGCUUUACUGAAGUCUGUACCAUAUAACAGCCGCCACCAAAAAAACAGGUAUGGAACUGUGACGUCACCGAAAACCAGGUAUGGAACUGUGACGUCACCAAAAACCAGGUAUGGAACUGUGACGUCACCGAAAACCAGGUAUGGAACUGCGACGUCACCAAAAACCAGGUAUGGAACUGUGACGUCACCAAAAACCAGGUGUGGAACUGUGACGUCACCAAAAACCAGCACAAAGCCAGAAAACAGACAUGUGUGCAGUUCAUCUGGUCCCACAGACAGCACCAACACAACAGCACUGGAACAAGUGGAAGCAUGUGACACAGCCAAAGGCUCCCACUGUUUACCUCCGAAAACCAGAGGCUGUGGCACAGGUACCAGUUUACCUCCAAGCCAAACCAGAGGGUCAAAGCAGUCCCAGAACACAGACGGAUCUGCACCAGUGACGGCCCACAGGAAGAGGGAGCUGGAGCACUACCUGAAACUGAAGAGUGACGGCUGGGUGCAGGACAGGAGCGGUCAGUGGGUUAAAGAUGACAAUGUGGAGUUCGACUCAGAUGAGGAGGAGCCUCCAUCACUGCCCACUCUGACAACAGUCCCAUCUGUGGACAAACACCCGCAGCCCACUGACAAUAUUUAAGGCCCUAUGAUGGUGCAUUUAGGGCCCCAUGGUGGUGCAUUUAGGGCCACACAGUAGUGCAGUGGAUAGCACUGGUACCCCACAGACAGAAGGUUCUGGGUUGGAUGGGGGUGCGACCUUUGUGUGUGGAGUUUACAUGUUCUCCUCUGCGUGGGUUCUCUCUGGCUCCUCCCACCAUCCAAACACAUGCUCUGAUAGGUUAAUGGGUUCAUCUAAAUUCCCCAUAGAUGUGAAUAAUAAGUGAUAAUUUGUCUCCACAUGUUCAGUCUGUGAUGAACUGGUCACAUGUCCAGAGUGAACCCCGCCUUCCCCCUUAAGUAGAUGAGAUAGGCUCCACCCCCGUGGCCCUUGUGAGGAUAAAGUGGGUUCAGAAAAUGAAUGAAUGAAU